AUGAGGAGGCAGAAGCUCCAUACUGCACAGGACGCUUGCGAGGUACUUCUUAGAAAAGACCAGGAGGACAAUGCUGAACAUAUUGAGGGAGGUGAAUCAACUGAUGAGGAGGAUUCAGGGUCAGAAGAUGAGUACGAAUCAAAGGAAAUUGAUGAACCUGACGAUGUGGUAGAAUCUGAAGCCGAAAUGGAACCAGUGUCAGAAGGGGAGGACUGCACCUUUCACGAUGAAGAGGAAGAAUCAACGGAUGAGGUAGAACCUGAGGAAGAAGACCCAGCUGAGAGAAAAGAAGAUUUCCAGUCAAAGGAUAAAACACUGAUCUGGUCUACCAUCCCUCCCAGUGACGGACGACGCAUUUUGAGAGCAGAGAGAGAAACAAGCCUAGGUGGUCCAACUGCAUAUGCAAGGUCUCGAAUUGAUGACAUAAAGUCCACUUUUGACCUGUUUCUGCCAAAGCCCGUUGAAGACGUGGUGCUGAACAUGACAAACAAGGAGGGCCAGCGUGUUUAUGGCAAGAAGUGGAGAAAGAUGGAUCACAUGGAUCUGCAGGCAUACGUGGGUAUGUUGAUUCUCGCUGGCGUGUACAGAUCCAGUAAGGAAGCCACAUCUAGUUUAUGGCAUGCAGAGUCUGGGAGGGCAAUUUUCCGUGCUACCAUGACACUCAAGAUGUUCCAUAAAAUCUCAAGAGUGAUUCGAUUUGAUGAUAAAGACACAAGAGAAAGUCGUAGUGCACAAGACAAACUGGCUCCCAUUCGAGACGUAUGGGACAAGUGGGUGUCUCUCCUGCCGUUGAUGUACGAUCCCGGUGCUGAUGUGACUGUGGAUGAGCGCCUGGUCCCCUUCAGAGGUCGCUGUCCAUUCAAACAGUACAUCCCGAGUAAACCAGGGAAAUAUGGGAUAAAAAUAUGGGCAGCAUGCGAUGCCAGGUCCAGCUACGCAUGGAACAUGCAGGUAUACACUGGCAAAUCUGCUGGAGCGCAGUCAGAAAAACAUCAGGGCAUGCGAGUUGUCCUUGACAUGACAAAAGGUCUCCAGGGGAAAACGAUCACCUGUGACAACUUUUUCACUUCCCAUGCCCUUGGCCUGCAGCUGCUGAAAAGAAAGUUGUUCAUGGUGGGAACCGUACGGGGGAAUAAGCCUGAGCUUCCCCCUGCACUGGUGUCAAAAACAAACAGGGCACGGUUCUCAUCCAAGUUUGCCUUCACCGAGACCCAUGCUCUGGUGUCCUAUCGCCCCAAAAAACAGAGAAAUGUUCUUCUGAUGAGCACUCUGCAUCGAGAUGCUGCUGUGAGCAGCAGGGAUGACAAAAGGCCAAAAAUCAUCGAAGAUUACAAUCGCAACAAAGGGGGUGUUGAUAACCUUGACAAGGUCACCAGUGUGUACACGUGCAAAAGAAUGACCUCCCGUUGGCCCCUCGUCGUCUUCUUCAACAUGCUCGACGUGUCUGCGUACAACUCUUUUGUCCUGUGGUCUGAGAUCAAUCCAGCCUGGAAUGAGGGGAAGAACAACAGGAGGAGGCUCUUCAUGGAGGAACUUGGGCGACAACUGGUGAUGCCUCACAUCAAGCGACGCAAGGUUAAUCCCCGCACGUCAGCCGCUGCCAAAUUGGUAAAUGAGAUCCAGCAGUUCUCGUCCAGCUCUACCUCUGCAGCAGCUGCACCAUGCCCACCGGCCCUUCCUGGCCCAUCACCCAAAAGGAGUAGGUGCAAAUUCUGCCCUCGCCGGACUGAUGUCAAAACAUCAAAAAUGUGCCAAAAAUGCAAUGCACACAUCUGCAAAGAUCACGCCAUUACUACCUGCCUCGCAUGCAACUGA